AUCUAAAUCAACCAAAUCUAAUCAGAAGGAGCAUUCUGAAUGGGGAAGCCAAGCUCUUUUCAUGUCUGAGUCCAUAACUUUAAUCUUCACUGUGAUCGGCAUUGUGAAAACUCUUUUUUUUUGGCUUAAGCUUUGGCGAUGUGAAAACUUGUCCUUCUCUACUAAUUUUCCUCAUCCAAUUUAAUACUACAGAAUGCAAAAUCUUGAGACAGACGUGGGGAGAUGUUAUGCAAUAAUUGUUUAAAACUUUGCUGAGACGACUACAAAAAAAAAAAAGAACAUGUAACUGUACUACUAGAAGUUUCAUUAAGCUGUAUUAAGACCAUAAACAAAACUAAAGAUGAGAAUAAAUAAUGAAAAAGAAGGAGACAAGAUGCUGCGAUGCUUCACGUGUCAAUGUGCCUCUUUUUUUUACUUUUCAGUGACAUCACUUCUCUCUCUCUCUCCUUGAGUUCCUCUUCCUCCUCCACCUCUCUCUUCAUAUUUUAGUGAGAGAAAGCUUUCAUCUCCACCAUUAUCUCCCUUCUUUCAUAAUUAUAACACACAUUUGACUCUGUAAUUUCCCCACAUUCACAUUCACAUUCACAUUCACAUUCAAAACUCAAACCCGAUGGAUAAAUCGGAUCCUCAACAACCCAAGCCCGCCGCCGAUCCACAUCCCAAUCCAAAUGCCGAUCCAACUCCUCCCUCCUCCUUCCACCGCCGAUCUCGCUCCGACGACAUGUCAAUGUUCAUGUUCAUGGAUCCGCUCUCCUCCUCCGGUCCACCCCCUUCCUCCGACGAUCUUCCCUCCGACGACGAUCUCUUCUCCUCCUUCAUCGACGUCGACAGCCUCUCCUCGAAUCCGCACCCCGCGAUCGCGUUUCCGAAUCAUGCCUCCGCCUCCAACUCCGUCGUCGUCUCCGGCGCCGUUCCCUCCUCGUCCUCUCGUCCUCGCCACCGUCACAGCAACUCCGUCGACGCGGGAUGCGCCAUGUACGCUAAUGAGAUCAUGGACGCGAAGAAAGCUAUGCCUCCCGAGAAGCUCUCUGAGCUUUGGAACAUCGAUCCCAAACGCGCCAAAAGGAUCUUAGCGAAUAGGCAAUCUGCAGCUCGUUCAAAGGAGAGGAAAGCAAGGUACAUUCAAGAACUCGAGCGUAAAGUUCAAUCUCUUCAAACCGAAGCCACCACUCUCUCUGCUCAGCUCACUCUCUUCCAGAGAGACACAAAUGGACUUGCAAACGAAAACACAGAGCUAAAGAUGAGGUUACAAGCAAUGGAGCAACAAGCUCACCUUCGUAAUGCUCUAAACGAAGCACUGAGGAAAGAAUUGGAAAGGAUGAAGAUUGAGACUGGAGAAAUCUCUGGUAAUUCAGAUUCCUUUGAUAUGGGAAUGCAGCAGGUUCAGUACUCUCCUUCCACUUUCAUGGCUAUUCCACCCUAUCAUCAUGGCCAAGAUAUGCAGCAGAUGCACGGAUUCAAUCCAAGCCAUCCGAUGGAGGCCAUGUCGAAUUCUCAGAGCGUGUCGGAGUUUCUGCAGAACGGGAGAAUGCAAGGGCUAGAGAUAAGUAGCAAUAAUAGCUCAAGCUUGGUCAAAUCUGAAGGACCUUCUCUCUCUGCUAGUGAGAGUAGCUCUGCCUAUUGACAAAAGACAUACCGAUGAGGUUCCUCAAGACAACUGUUAAUAGGGUUUAAAAUUCAUUUGAUUUGAUUCGCUUUCUACUACUAUUUAUUAUUCUCAUUCUUUUUUCGAGGUGACAAAGGACGUUAUCAGAACUGAGUUGGACUUGUGUUGUUGUGAUUGUGAGUUUCAUUGUUUGCUACUCUUAUUGAUUUUUCUUCAAGGAACAAAUGAGAUUCUAAUAAUUAGUGUUCCCUUUGGAAAUAAAUGUAUUUUGUUGCA